AUGACAACAGAAGAAACAUCCGACCAAAAGGCCAUCUCAUCAGAGGAGGUCGCUCUUUACGAUCGCCAGAUCCGACUCUGGGGCAUGGAGGCCCAGACGCGUAUGCGCAACUCUCGCGUGCUUAUCGUCAAUGCCGGUGCACUUGCCAACGAAAUCAUAAAAAAUAUUGUUCUUGCCGGUAUUGGCUCUCUUACAGUUCUCGAUUCGCAUGUUGUCACUGCUUCUGAUUUGGGUGCUCAAUUUUUUAUCAACGACGACUGCAUCGGUAAAAACGUGGAGGCUGCCCUGCCAGCAAUCCAAAAAUUGAAUCCCCGUGUCACAGUUACAGCUGAUACAGGAUCUCCACUUGAGAAGGAUGCCGAAUGGUAUUCUCAAUUUGACGUUACGCUAGGUACCCAGCUCACCUAUCCAGAGAUUGAGUACAUCAACACACACACAUCGCGUUCUACGAUUUCUGACAGCUCGCAUCAUCUGUUUUACGCUGCAUCCAUCUCCGGGUUUUAUGGAUACUGCUUUGUCGACUUGGGUGACAAUUACAACUUUACUAUCCAGCAAGAACGCGCGAUAACAGGCCUGCCAAACCCGGGUCCGGAGAGUCGUACGCGCGCCAUUGUGUCAGUGACUCCUGCUACUUCUAAGGAGGGCAAUAUCAUUACUGAUACGAUUCUAAAGUCUGAAAAGUAUGUGCCCAUAUCAAGACUCGUUGUUGAACCAGAGUCCUCUACGCCAAUUUCUCUUGGUACAUUGUUUGAAGCCAAGCGUCGCGCUCUCAAAGUCAGCCCGCUGCUACUGGUGGUUUUGGCCGUUUUCCAGUUAGAAAGCAAAAAUAAGGAGUUGACCGCGGGAAAUAUUAAAACUGCGGCACUAGACUAUGCGCAAAUACUUAAGCUGCCAACAGAAAUUGUGACGGACCAAGCUGUGGAGACGUUUCUUGCCACAAAAGGGGCAGAGAUUUCGCCUGUGGCCGCGGUUCUUGGUGGAGUUGUUGCCCAGCAAAUCCUAAAUGCGAUUUCUAGAAAACAACAACCGUUACAGAAUCUGCUUGUAUUUGAUGGAGUAGCCAGCACAGGACCAGUUUAUACAGUUGCUUAA